GAAAAAAAGAAAAUCACACACAGCAGAGAGAAGAAGCCGAGAGAGCAAAGGAAGAAACGAAAGCUUGCUACGGAGGUAAGAAGCAAAUCUGAGAAACAACGAAGACGAGAACAAGAAGAAGAAGUUAAUUCUGUGGAAGCAGAGGGAAAUGCUGAGUUUCCAUUGAAAGUUUGGAACCGAUCGAUCUAUAGAGUUCUCGAUCUGUGCGCUUGACAAAGCAUUAAAUGCGUUAGAUCCAAGUGUUUGGUACGGCAUUCAUGGCGACUGUAAUUGCCAUUUAAGUUAAGCAUUUUUUGGCGCUUCAAAUUUGAGAUCUUAGUCGACUUCUCAACAAGCAUUCAGUGUUCUGUUGAAGAUAUUUUUUUUACUUCAAUUUACGGAUUUGGUUGGUAAAAUUGGAAUUAAAUUAGUUCCUUGAACUUGUGGAAGCGGUAAUUUGUGUUCAAGUUGCUGUUUUCUUGGUACAGAAGGACUUAAAUUGUUUCCUCUGUGCGCUAUAUCUGUAUGUGAAUGUGGGCUAUUGGAUUUGGCACAAGUGCUGCUUCAUGUUGGAUUGUAAGGAGAGGUUGGAGUUGUGAUUUUGGAACUAAUUUGGCUGGUGGAGAUGCCUCCUUCUCCGGCAUUGAAGUGUUCUCCUGGGAGGGAGCUGAGAGGGGAGAAUCACAAGCGUGGGCGAAGUUUUGAGAGUGGGUUGCUUUUCAAAGAGAAAGAUGACGAUCUUGCUUUGUUCAACGAAAUGCAGACCAAAGAAAAGGAGAGUUUUUUGCUUCAGUCUACAGAAGACUUUGAAGACACGUUUUCUACAAAAUUGAGACACUUUUCAGAUUUCAAGCUUGGAAUCGCAAUUCCAGGCCGAGGAGAGAGUAGUGAACUGCUUAAUGCAGAAGGGGAGAAGAAUGAUUAUGAUUGGUUGUUGACGCCUCCCGACACCCCUCUUUUUCCUUCCUUGGAUGAUGAGCCAGCACCAGUUAAUGUUGCACGGAGGGGGAGACCACGGAGUCAACCUAUUUCCAUAUCAAGAUCAUCCACUAUGGAGAAGAGUUACAGAAGCAGUAGAGGCAGUGCAAGUCCGAAUCGCUUAAGCCCAUCACCUCGUUCUGGCAAUAAUUCGUUCCAGGCAACAAGAGGGAGGCCAUCUUCAGCGCCUCAUUCCAGUCCAACUCCUGCCCAGCGACCUGCUACUCCCACACGGAGACCUUCUCCUCCCCCAAGUAAACCCUCAACACCUGCUCCUAGGUCUUCUACUCCAACUCCACGGAGGGUGAGUACAGGGUCCAGAGGUACCGUUGCUUCAUCUGGGGUGAGGGGAACUUCCCCGAUAAGGACAAGCCGAGGGAACUCUGCUUCUCCAAAAAUAAGGGCGUGGCAGUCAAAUCUUCCUGGAUUUUCCCUUGAAGCACCACCCAAUCUCCGUACUUCCUUAGCUGAUCGACCUGCUUCAUACGUGAGAGGUUCAUCACCGGCAUCCAGAAAUGGUAGGGAUUCCGCUUCAAAAUUUGGCAGGCAAUCAAUGUCUCCAACUGCUUCUAGAAGUGCCAGUUCAUCCUAUAGUCAUGAUCGGGACCGAUUUAGCUCUCACAGUAAAGGUUCAGUGGCAUCAUCUGGUGACGAUGAUAUUGACUCUCUACAAUCUGUUCCUAUGGGUAUCUCAGACAGCUCUGUUUCAAGGAGAGUUGGCUCUUUUUCAAAUAACAGAGCUCCAGCCUUUUCUAAGAAAUCCCCUAAAAUGUUGUCUGCAAGUUCUGCUCCAAAAAGAUCCUUUGAUUCCGCUCUUCGUCAAAUGGAUCAUCGAAAGAGCCCCCAGAAUAUGUUCAGACCACUCUUGUCUAGUGUCCCCAGUAGCACUUUUUAUGUUGGAAAAGGCAAUUCUGCUCAUCGCUCAUUGAUAUCUCGGAAUUCCUCUGUCACAACCAGCAGUAAUGUGAGCUCUGAUCAAGGUACAGCUGUUGCACAUGAUAAUGAAGGGAGUGAUCGCCACCAGGAUGAUAUGACUAGUGAUUAUGUGAAAGUACCGUAUCCUGAAGUUCAAGAAGAAAUCUUUGCCUUUGAUAAGGUGGAUGCAUUAGGUGAAGAAGUUGAGCGUGAAAGACAUGAUAAGUCAUCUAACGUUCAGCUUGGUGGCUUGGAUAGGGACCCUGCUAUUAAAGGUGAUCCUGAUGCCUUUGAGGAGUUCAGCUACCGUGGUAGUGAUAUGGAAACAAAUCCAACUACUAACGAUUUGUUUGUCAGGAUUGAUUCUUCUGAAGUUGGUAGUUUCGAUGAUAUAAGACUUUGUUCAACAUGCGGUCUAAGAUAUUGUGUCACUGAACCAGUGGAAGGAGACAUUUAUCUUUGUCCAGAUUGCAGAAAGCAAAGUGAUCUUGUGGCUGUCAGCAACCAUGAGCCAACUAUAUUAGGUGCUAAGAAUUUCUCGGAGUUGUCUAAGAAUAUAUCUGAUGAGAAUAAAUCGUCUGAGGAAUUAAAGCCUCCAUUUGCUGUACCUGAACUGUCAUCACAAGUUUUUGAUUUGGUUGAACCAAAGGUUUCUGAGCAUGGAGAGAAUGCUGAGCAAAGCCAGACUUCCUGUUCUGAGCAAAGCCAGAAAUACUCACGAGAAAAUUCUCUUGCAAGGUCUCCUGUGGAGGGAGGUGAACAAAAGCUUAAUUACCUGCAAGAGAUUGACCUACCUACCGUUGGCCAUGAUCUACCUGGUGAGGACAAUGGAGGUCAGCAGUUGCAGCUCUCAAGAGACUAUUUAGAUAGGAAGGUUGACUUUUCGGAAGGUGCUGGCAUUUCCUUACUGCUGAAGAGGUCAAGUAGUAGCAAGGGGCCUGUUGUUCAAGGCAGGACUUUCACUGCCUCUACCAUACCUUAUGAAGAUCUGUCUUACACAAGGGAUAGUGCAAACAGUUUUAGAAGUUCCGUAGGACAUGGAAGUGCAAACAGUUUUAGAAGUUCCAUAGGACAUGGAAGUGCAAACAGUUUUAGAAGUUCCAUAGGACAUGGAAGUGCAUCUGCAUCAUCCUCAGUCGAUUUCAGCUCAUCAAGACAAACAGAGUUUCGUGUACAACGGCAGUUGAGUGGCAGGAAAUCUGACAUGGAGAAUCACAGAUAUGAUGUAAAUACAAAACCUCAAAGCAUUGGGUCAUCUUUAUCUGGGAGUUCAAACCAUACUUAUCAGGCUUUUGGUCUUCCAAGAAGCACGAAAGAGGUUUCAGUGAGCGAUAUGAAAUACGAAGAUGUAGAAGGGUCACCUGUCACUUCUCAAUCUGAACUGCUAACUUCAGAAAAUAAAGAAGCACGUGUCGCUAAUACUUCAGUUCCCGAGGAAGGUAAUUUGGGACGUAAUGAAAGUAGUCGAACAAUGGAUGCUUCUACCUCAGAAUUGUCAAGCCAUAUGGCUAGCAUUCAGUCUGAGCAAAAUUCAGUAGCAUCCUUUCGAAAUUAUGGAGAACAUGUAUCAUAUGAAAAUGGAGAAGACAUUCCAAAUCAUACGAGGAGUGUCUCUGAUGUAGAAGCAUCAGUUAGUACUCCAGAGUCUUCUGAUGAGGAAGAACAUACCAUGCUGAAUUCUGGCCAUGAUGCAGUGGAUAUAGCAGAAGCUUCUGCUCAAAUCUCCUUGACUACAAUAACAGAAAUAGAAAUUGAGAAAAAAUUUCGAAGUUCCCAUAGUUCACAGAGCGGAGUUGUCUCUCCCAGGUCAAUAAGCAUCAUGAAUGAAUUUCAGGAACCUUCUGUUCAUCCACCUUCAGAUAAUGAUAUAUCAGCUGUUCCAGAGCCCAGCCCCUCAGAUAAUGCACAUGGCAUUUUAGAGGAUUCAACUGUUCUGGUAGAGUCUCGGGGAGGAAGUAAGGCAAGAAGCCUGACACUAGAAGAAGCAACAGAUGCAAUACUUUUCUGCAGCUCCAUAGUCCAUGAUAUGGCCUAUGAGGCUGUAACCAUAGCAAUGGAGAAGGAAAGUUCAGUGCCAGUGGAAGGUUCCAGGCCAACAGUAACAAUAUUGGGAAAAUCUAGUUCUGAUAGAAAGAACCAACGAGGCAGGACUGUUGGUAAACACACUUCAAAAUCCCAAAAAGCAAGGCAGAGGCGGGUAGAAACAAACACAAAACCCCCCUCAAGUGAGACUGAAAACGAUGAGAAUGCGGAUGAAUCUAUGAUUCGCAAUGUUGGGCUUCCUAAUAAGGUGGAUUGUAUGAAGCCUCCAAAGCUGGAAUCCAAGUGCAAUUGCACAAUAAUGUGAAAGUCUUUCAUUCAAACCAUGCAUCACGGUGUGUGUCCCUCCAGUCUUAUAUAUAUAAUAUAUAUCUAUUUAUAUAUUUGGGGAGGGGAUGCUGAAAUGAAGAAAUGGUUGUAAUUUUAUUGGUUUUGUGUUUGAAGGGCUGUUUGGAUAAUUGGCAAUUGGUUUUUUGUUGGUUCAAAAUUUAUUUGUAAAAAAAACACCACUUGUUGGUGGCAUAAUUGUAAAGUUGUAUUGUCAAUGUCAUUAGGCUGAUGAUAUUAGUGAGAGGCAUU